AUGUUGUUCUCUGCUCCCCGUUUCCUUGUCCCAGCGCUUACGGCAUCCCUCUUUUCAGGUAUCGCUGUGGCUGAUGAUCCCACGUCCAGAGCUGAAACGGCGCUACAAGCUCUUCAGGAGUGGUACAAUGAGUCGAGUGGAAUGUGGAAUACGGUUGGCUGGUGGAAUGGCGCCAAUUGCUUGACUGUCAUAGCUGAUUUGGCGGCCCUCGAUCCCAAUGCCAUGGAUACUGCGGACUACGUCUUCAACAAUACCUACAAUGUGGGUCCCGUGUCCAACCCGAACCCCGGUCCGGAGCAGAAAACAACAAGCAAGCGCGAGUUUCUUACUCCCAGGUCUAACAGCCCUGGUAAUGCUUCGGACUGGCUCGAUUCUGCCUAUGAUGAUGAUGGCUGGUGGGCCCUUGCAUGGAUUGCUGCAUACGAUGUCACAGAAGAGACAAGAUACCUCCAGCUAGCGGAGGGGAUUUUCUCUGGCCUGACGGAGGCUUGGGGAACCCGGUGUGGCGGUGGAGGUCUUCCAUGGAAUCCCACUAGCACAUACGUGAACGCCAUUACAAACGAGCUGUUCCUAUCCGCGGCAGCACACCUGGCCAAUCGCGUGCCGGCGCGCAAAGAUUACUAUGUCGACUGGGCACAGAAAGAGUGGAAUUGGUUCGCGGCCCAGGGAUUUAUUGGAUCGAAUGGCACAAUAAACGACGGACUGCUGGAUAAUUGCCAGAACAAUGGAGCUACAGUUUGGUCUUACAACCAGGGUGUUGUUCUUGGCGGCCUUGUUGAAUUAAACAAAGCGGCACCAAACGACAAAUAUCUCGAGUCUGCGAACGAAAUCGCACAGGCAGCGAUUGAGUCACUGGUCGAUACGAAUGGCGUUCUACAUGAUGUUUGCGAGCCCAACUGCGAGCCUGAUGGGACUCAAUUCAAGGGCAUUUUCAUCCGCAAUCUGUUGAUGCUCCAAAGCGUGUCUCCCAACGACAGCUACAAGAGGGUUAUCACCAGUAGCGCGGACAGUAUUUGGCAGAAUGACCGUAACGACCAAAAUGGACUUGGAGUUGUUUGGUCGGGCCCUGUUGUUGGCACUGUUGAUCCUUCUACUCACUGCUCCGCCAUGGAUGCAUUGGUCGCAUCUAUUGCUCUCUAA